AUGUUUAAAAAUGAUAUCAGCACAACUGGUGCACUUGGUAAAUCUAUUAUAACACCAUUGAUUACCUCUGAAAAAAGCGGGUUUUCAGCCGGAACAAUAAUGACAACUACUCUUACUACUACUACUAUUGUUACUAGUACAUUAUCUACUACUCAAAACGCAAACAUAUCUCAACAACCCAAAGAAGCUUUUGUAACAUUUUGUAACAAUCAGCCAAGUUAUCUAGCAUUACUCAACGUCUUAUUAGAUUCUGUUCAUGCUUUUUCAACACGACCUAUUAUAGUUUUUGGAAUUGAUGUUGAUCCUGAUAUUGACGAAAAAAAAUAUCCUCGUGUUAUUAAACGACGUAUAGCACAAAGUGAAUGUGGACCAUCCGUCUUUUUUUGUAAAAUACAUGCUAUUGUUAGUAGUAAUGUUGAAUAUGGUGUUCUAAUGGAAACAGAUGAUGUUGUGAAUUAUAACGUUGACGUACUCUUUGAUGUUCUUCAUGUAUGGCCUUAUCCAUUACCAUUGUCUCCACGUCAUCCAGAUGAUCCACAAAACUAUCAUCAUUUUAUGGGACAAUUUAAUGUAUCGGCACGUACUACACCAUAUAUUCAUGCUCAUAUUAUCUGGAACUAUCUUGCUAUACCAUUUUUAAAAAAUCUUCGAUCUCUUUUACAACAAGGUAAUUUCCAAGGAUCCAAUUUUGAUGAAACAGCUGUUAAUGUGAUGUUAUGGAAAGAGAAAGCUAAUCACACACUAUGCAAAUAUGACCCUUAUUUCACUUAUGCUGAAGCUUACCUAAAAUGGCCUACGAUAGUAAAUUGUUCAAAUUAUUGUUACACAGCUUUUGUUACAUUACAUGGUUGCAAAGAAUACAAUAUUUCAUAUAAUCUCUUAAAUCAACUUAAAGCUAAUGCCGGUAAACCACCUAUACAAACAUUUGGUAUGGGUGGCAUGAAACAUAUUAAUGAUACAAGUGUAACAUGUUGCUAUCCAGAUAGCAAACCUUCACCUAUUCAUCCACUCUUAUGCGAACACAAAUUAGUGAGAUGA